GCAUUUUCAGACACAUCAGGUGAUAAAAUGGCGCUUUAGAAAUAACUGAAUUGAACACUAUAUCCAAAACAGCAUAUUUACUGCCAUCUAGCGUAGACAGGGGGCAUUAUCCGGGGAUGCCGUGGUCAUGUUGUGCCGUCGGGGCAACGCUGCUUCCAAAGAAAAGGGAAAGGAGCUUCUAAACAGAAAGUCGUACUCUCAGAUACUUUUAAACCUUUCAGAUUGACGGAUCAGCAUCGACUGAUAACUCCCGAGUCAGUUGCAGCUCUAUGCUGCGAUGGAAGUCAAUAGGGAUGAAGCGGAGCGCUGCAUUGACAUCGCGGCGGCGGCGUUAAAAAGCCAGCAGCCAGAAAAAGCGCAGAAGUACCUGGAAAAGGCUCAGAGACUCUUCCCGACCAAGACAGCCAAAACACUGUUGGAUUUGAUAGCAAAGAAUGGAUUUAGUCCCAGACAAGCCAACCACUCAGAUCUCAGAGAGGACUCAGAUCCUCGAUGUAGGCGGAGCUCUGCUGAAGAUGCCAGACCCGAAGAAAAGCCUGCAGGAGCCUCACAAGCCUACACAGAAGAUCAGCUGAAUGCAGUGAGGAGGAUAAAACGAUGCAGAGACUUUUAUGAGAUUCUCGGGGUCCAGAAAGAUGCUACAGAGGACGAGCUCAAGAGAUCCUACAGAAAACUUGCUCUGAGAUUUCACCCAGAUAAAAACUACGCCCCAGGAGCGACGGAGGCAUUUAAAGCUAUCGGGAAUGCCUUUGCUGUCCUGAGUAACACUGAAAAAAGACGGCAGUACAACCAGUGUGGAGAAGAGGGGAAAUUUCCUACCACCAAUGGCCCAGGAAGUGGAAACUUUGAGCCUGACAUUUCACCCGAGGACCUCUUCAACAUGUUUUUUGGAGGAGGUUUUCCCUCAAGUAAUGCUCACGUGUACACUAACGGACGAAUGCGCAGUCAAAGGCGGGAGAGAAGAGAGCGACCCCGAGAUGGAGGUCUUGCACUGUUUGUUCAGGUUAUGCCCAUCCUCAUCCUGGUCAUUGUGUCAGCUCUGACUCAGAUAAUGGUCAGCAACCCCUCCUACAGCCUCAGCUUUAGGCCGUCGGCGGGGUACACACACAAGAGAUUAACCGAGAACCUCAAGGUGCCAUACUAUGUGGGAGACCAGUUUCCCAAAGAGUUUAGUGGUGCGAAUCUGAAAAACCUGGAGCGGACAGUGGAGGAUGAAUUCAUAGGAAACCUCCGCAACAACUGCUGGAAGGAGAAACAACAGAAAGAAAGUAUGCUAUACAGAGCGCGCUAUUUUGGUGACACUGAGCUUUACCAAAGAGCGCAGAGGGCUCGAACCCCAAGCUGUGCCAAGCUGUCUGAGAUCUCAGCCUCCAUGCACUGACGGUUUGUAAAAUAAUCAGAAAAGGUAAACAUUUGCAGUAAGUGCAUCAGCUUUAACAAAACAGAGGCUGAAGACCACCAACCAAGAAACAAGCAACGCAAUCCUCCAUCUCUACAGAUUUUUUCCCAAAAUAACAAACUAUGAAAUAGACUUUGUUAUAAAAUAAAAUUUGAAAAAGCCAUUUCUUUGCAGGAUGUGGGUAUUGAUAAUCUGCAAGCAUCAGUUUUACCAUGAGAAUAAAAAGACUCCUUGAUGUAUUUGCAGAAAACCCAUGCAAACCCAUAAUGACGUUUUAAAUAUACUUAGCCAUGCAGAUAACACUGAUGUAGCAGUUCUGUUAAGACAGAACACAUCAACCGCUUCAUCCAUAUAUUCAUGCAGUUAGACCAGCAGAGAAAAACCAUCUCGCCUGACUCUAAAUGCAUUUUCUAACUAUGCAGGAAUAUUGAUCACUCAUGUCUUGGCUUUGUUGCUUACUUGAACAUGUGAGAUGUGUCUUUUCCCCCAGUGUUUGUGACAUAGACAUAAAAAAAACCUCACUUUGCUUCCUUUAAUAGUGUAACUUCACGUCACACUAGACACCAGGAAGGUGAGACGUACCUACCCACCAAGUGGGACAACAGCAGGGAGUGGCUUUGGUGCGUAAUGACAGAUAGAUCUCAUCUCAGCUGAAAGUUCUCUCUGAUGAAUAGAUUUACCAAGCUCAAAAACACAAUGAUGUUUUCCACCAUGACUGUUGACUUGUGUAAAAUAAACGCUUGAACGUGUUGAA